GAAACCGAACGAUUUUUGUUUAAAUAAUAUAGAAAUGGCCGCUUUAGUUGCGGCUUCUGUAGACGAUCCACCUAAUAAUUCGAAUAAAACGAAUUUAGAAAAAAUAGAAAGUUUUCUUAACGAAGCCGCCUAUAAUGAAGCACUCGAAAACUCUAGCAAUUAUAACACAAGACUUUCAAUUGAAAGGAGACUCCGACUGCCUUUUUUUGACACUCAAACAGGUGUGGCCCAAAAUCAUUCCUCUUUAUUCGUGAGUAGGAGACAGCGAAUCCCGGGAAUGUUCCCGGGCCAAAUAUAUUCUUAUCCUAGACAGAGGUGGAGGAAAAAGAAAAGGCAGUACCUAUCCUUAAAUCACAGAACAUUCGCUAGAGCCGCUGAUCAUUUACUGAUCGGAAACGAAUGCGACGGUCACAGUAUGUCUCAGGGGGAAUAUCCUACUUCGCAGGAUAACGACAGUAAGGAUAGUCAACUUCUCAAAGAUGAUGUUUCAAAAGAAUGGUUUUACGAUGAAAGUGACAUGCUAGAAAUGGAUACGUAUGAAGAGCCAGAUCCCGAUUCAGAUUUAGAUUACGAAGAAAGCUACACUAAAAGAAAAAGAGGCCGUAAAGCAGCUGGAAGGGGGCGCAGUGGAACGGAUUCCCCGAGUACUCCGGGUAGAAAAAAAGGCAGCGGUCGCGGCAGGAAAAAGUCUAGUCACAAUUACGAACCGACUCCGGGUGAUCCUGAUAAACCUUUUGCUUGUGAAAUUUGUGGGGCCCGUUACAAGACCAGGCCAGGCUUGACGUACCACUAUCGUCAUUCGCACAAAGAAGGCGCCAGCGACGAGAAUUCCCGCGACAGCAUUCCUCCGCAGCAAUUGAAUCCCUUGAAUCCGAUGUUACCGAACAGUCCGAGCAUGCUCGGCCAAAUCAAUCCGGUGGGACCGCCGCCGCCGCCCAUGAUGCAACCGGACCCGUUGGGCGUCGGCCCGCCCAAUCUGUUGGCCCCCUCGAUCAACAACCGGCCCGAUCAAGGACAAGUUUAUCAAGACAGUUACGUUUCCUUUUUGAAUCAAACACCCGGCGCCCUAAACCGCAGGAUGGCCGGUCGUCCGCCCAAUUCGCCCGGUGGACCGCUCCAAAUGCCGAUUCCUUCUAUGAUUAAUCAACUUCCAGGACAGGCUCCGCCGACUUUGCCGCCGAAUUUGCCCUCGCAGCAGCCGUCGCCGCCGGUCGACGAGCCCCAGAUGCCGGUGUUGGUGCCCGAGAAGUCUCUGGACUUGCCGUUGAUUCCGCCGGUUUCUGAGCCGCCCGCAGAGACUUUAGGUCCUGUCCCGGGGGGAAAAAGGAACCCGUAUUGCGACUUUUGCUUGGGCGAUUCUGGCGAAAAUAAAAAAACCGGCGUUCAAGAAGAGUUAGUAUCUUGUUCUGACUGUGGUAGAUCAGGGCAUCCUUCGUGUUUACAAUUUACGGAUAAUAUGAAAAUUUCCGUAAAACUAUACCGUUGGCAAUGUAUUGAAUGUAAAUGCUGUUCUGUAUGUGGAAAUUCUGAUAAUGAUGAACAGCUAUUAUUUUGCGAUGACUGCGAUCGAGGAUAUCACAUGUAUUGCUUAAACCCUCCGUUAGUGAAUCCUCCUGAAGGAUCUUGGUCUUGUAGCGUAUGUUUUGCAAAGUUUCAUUAAUACAAUAAUUAGUAGAAUUUAGCCAUUUACCUCAUUUCUUUCAAGGAAAUAAUUUUAACAUAAAUUUAUUGUACUUAAUCAGUUUUUUUUUGUACAUUUUGUACUUAAUUUCUUCACAAUUUUUGUAAUACAACAUUGAAAUACA